UUUACCCCAUAUACGAAUGUCUUCGGCAUCUUGGAAGAUCGUAGUAGAAGCUGUUGGAGUUGCUGGAGCUUCUGCUGUGGCUGCUGGAGCUGCUGCUGGGGUUGCUGGAGCUGCUGCUGGGGCUGCUGGAGAAGGUACUUGUUGCUGCCCUUGCUGCCCCGGAGCUGGAGGAGGUGGCAUAGCUGCUGCAUCUGCAUCAGUUCCAGAGCUAUCUUCGUAACGAGCUCUUUUGCUAGCCUAAAUAAUAGACAACGAACCAUUCAAUUCAAGUAGAUACCUUCCAUUCAAGUAGAUACCUUGGCUUCUCUAAACAUAAACAGAACUAACAUAGGAUUGUUGGAACAUCACUUUAUCUAUUUCCAACAGGAAUCUGGGUCGUUGUAGCCCCAAACAUACUAACAUAGGAUUGUUGUGUCAUUAAUUGCAAGAGGAUGAAGUUAUUAUUACCAUUGAAGAACAAACACAGGGGAAGCUGGUCGUGAUUGGGGAUUCUCGUUUGCAGGGGACAGUCGGCAAUGGCCGGGUGGGUCGAUGGUAGGCAGGCAGAGGUCGAGGAUGAUGGCCGGCAAUGAUGGAGGAGGUCGAUGGCGAUAAAACACUCGAGAAUUC